CAAAACUGAAACGAGACAUGAGAGGGCCAACUGAGAGGAGCCCCACCACUGCCACCAACACCAACACCAGAAGGUCAGUCUACAUCAACACCGCCGCCCUUGCAGGUCCAUCCCUGGACCCCACUGCUGGGUUCCACCAGAUCCGUCCCCCUUUCCACGCCACACUCCCUCACUUCCUUCAGAAGCCGCAAGCUCUUCCCUUCCUCCUCUGCUUCCUCCUCAUCCUCACAUGGAUCUCCUUCACCAUCCACCAUUCCUCUUCUUCCUCCUCCGCCCGCCUCCAACGCUUUCCGUCGCCGCUAACGGAAUCAACCCGCGAAGCCGAUAGAAUGGCCAACCUUGUUAGGUUCAGCUCCUCCGUCCCCUCCCCCGUCGCUAAGGACACCCGCGGUUGGCUCCUCGACCCUAUCUCGCUAGCUCGAGCUUCUGGCAUUUUAGGUGGAGCUCUCACUUGUGCUUCGGUUCAUAUAGGAGAGAUUCGGCCUGGCAGGUUGAGAGGGAAUCAUAGGCAUCAUGAUUGCAACGAGACAUUUGUCCUUUGGGGUGCCCUAACCAAAUUUAGGUUGGAGAAUAGUGAGGUAACUGAUACUGGUUACGCCGAAGUGAUCAUUGGUGCAGAUGAUAUUGUUGUUGCUGCCAGCCCCAGUAAUACGGCACAUGCUUUGGUGAACAUAGAUCCGGUUCGGAGUACAUUCUUUAUAGGAUGCCAGGACAACACUAUAAACUAUAAUGCUUCAAGUACCGACUUCAAUGUUUGGAAAGAUCUUUAAGACGCCUCACUUCAUGAAAAUCAUGAAGAUGAAACUCUAAAAUGAAUGUGAGGAUUACUUUUAGUGGGACAUUACUGCACAGAAUGAGAGAGUUAGCCUUCAAGUUGUUUUAUGUAUUUAAAAGUGUACAUAGCUCUGACACAAAAUCACUUGGUGAAUGUGAGGUUUUUACAGGGUACAAGCUAGUCAGAUAAGAGAAUUGAAAAGGUACAGUUUUUGAAUUUUCUGUGUUACAUAUUUUCCCCUCAGGGUUGGUACAUGGAUUUAUUACAAUUUUCCCCGAACAACCAUAUACAUUUUGGAUGUUGGCCAAUUUACAGACUUCCAUUAUACAUGUUCCUUCAAUGUAAAUAAAGUGUUCCUUCCAUUA